GUCCACCACCAUCCAUGCAAACACGGAGCCCAACGACGCGCACCCGCGCAUCGCAUCGCAUGUACUGUGUACAUGGAUUCAUUGGCGGGAUGGCGUCGCACGCCGCGAUGCUUGUCCCCACUGUACAUAUGCUCGGCGGCCAUUUGGAUUAUUGCAAUAUAACAUAGACGUUCCCUGACGCCCCCUUCAUCAGGGCACAUUCACCUUCCGUUCGACACUCAUCAGAUCGGUGGUGUUUACGCCGUCACAAUCGUCAUGUCUCCAGCUUCUUUCUAUUCCGUUCUUUUCGCGUCUCUGCCGCUCGUCCUGGCAGGCGCCCACAUUCCUUCGACUGGCGGUUCUGUGUCGGUUUCCAUUUCGAUAGGAUUAGAUGCCGGAGCAUCUCCUGCUCCGUACCCAACCAACAAGCAAUGCGUUCGCGAUCGCUGCGCUCGUCAGGUCGCCGAUGGCCUGCGACAAUAUCAGGCACCAGCAAGGUCCUCUGACUGUGCUGCCCUCUUCAAAACUGUUACGGUGACACCUGCGGCUGUGACUGUGACCGUCGGCACGACACCUUCGCCCAAAUCGACCACAGUGACCACGUCCGUCUCGACCGCUGUUGUCACCGAUGCUACGGUCACUGCUACCACUACUGAGACUGUCACGAACACCGUCACUACCGUCACCACUAGCUCGGCCACAGCGACUCAGCUAGACCAGACGACUGCUACUUUUACGACUACUUCUACUACCACCGUCUCCAACCCCACAAUUACUGCAGCUUUCGGCAAACGAGGCGAGGCCAAGGUGCCACAAUGGGCUUGCGACUGCCCGGAUACUGCACGUCUCUCCAGCGCGUGCGCCUGCGCAGGAUUUGCGCCACGAACGGUCACCGCCGCCGUCCCGACUGUCUACCUGACCGUGGCUGUCGCGACCCCGACGACUACUGUCAAUGUCGUUGGUCAGACCACCGUAGGAGCCACUACCACCACGACUACCGGAGUUGAGGCGACUGCCAUCGCCACCGCGACGAGCGUUAUUCAAGUCACCACGACUACGACCUCUUUGCAGACCUUUAGCACUACUAGCACCACCAUCGCUACAGUCGGUGCAGCACCCUCAGGCACCGUCGGCUACUGCGCCGAUGGGACCGUUGUAGAUGGAAGAUCGACCGGAAGGACCGGCGCUGCCUCUGCGAUCCGACCUUUCCGUAUCGAAGGCGAGUUUGAGACCCUUUAUGAAGGUUUCAUCCUCUCUGGACCUCAGAAUAUCACUACACCCUCUGGCGGUACCCAUCUCUGCGACGGAACCAACAACAAUGCUAACCCCGCCCCUGUUGUCACUGGUACCGACCAGAUCAACGAUGCUGGCACACUGUGCGGAUUCGACUUCGACGGCACCUACUCCAAUCAAUUCCAGGAUUUCUUCAUCACUCGCAUCGGUCCCAGUGCCCAGACCAGCACAAGAUUCUGGGGUAUUCUCGACAACCUCGUCUUUACCCCUACCGGCGGCUGCCAAUACGGCGCCUACCCAGGCUCCAGCAUCCUCUGGGCUUAUGACGCGUUCGCGCCCAACCGCGUAUUCCUCCAAGUCGCCCCCGGAGCCCUCACCCUCACGGCUGGCGAAUCCACCGUCUUCACUGUACUGGCCGUUAACCCCAACAGCGGCAAUGCAAUCCCCGCCAAUGGCGCCUCUUUCAACGGCCAACUCUCCGAUGCCAGUGGUAACGUCCAAUUCACUGCCCCCACCACUCCGGGAACCUACCGGUACAAGGCGACCAGGGACAAUUCUAUUCGUAGCGCAGCCGUCGUCGUCACUGUGACUGCGUGAGGUUGACGGUACAAGGGAGCAUUGCCGGUCGUGAAGCAGGACAACCCCAUAGCGGACAGGAAUGCUUGCUUGGGGCAGAGUUCGCGCGUGUGUGAUUUGGGAUUCGGCGUACGACACCUGUGGUCUGCACAACAUAUCGGAUUGUGUCUGCUUCACCCCUCGCGAUGGAAAGCGGACUCGGGAGACUACCUCCUUCUUCUUCUUCGGAUUUCGUACCUUCUUUUAUCCGGGUCUCAAUCUUCCUUCUUUCAACCCAAAAUCACAUUUACUUCGACAUUUCUUUCUUUUCGAAAAAAAACAAGGUGCACGCGAGCCGUCGCCGCCGCGGCAUCGUAGGGUCCAGGCCAGGUCAAUGGGGCUUUUCCUUUCUCCCUCUUUUGAUCUUCAUGUACACAAGAAUUGUCGAAUAAUCACAAAAAUGGCUUUCAGUGG